GCACUUGUUUUAAACAAUUCGUAGAGAAAGAAUUAACAAGAGAAAGAAAAUGAUGGCUUCUUAUUAAUGAAAUCUGGAAAUACAUUAUGUUUAAUUUGAAGAAAAUUUAAAGAAAAAUGGAAGAAGAUAAAGUAACAUGAAAAAUCAGAAUAAAGAUGGAGCCUGUUACUGAAGAAGGGUUAAAACCUGAAAUCUCCAUCGUUUUGCAGAAUGUAUUUACAGCUUGCGAUGAAGAGAAACAUGGACAAGUUAGAGUUUCAAAGUUGAUUUCAUUUUUGAAAGAGAAAGCAACUGAGACCGAAAUAUUUGAUUAUCUUAAUGACCUCUCCUUGUUGUUGGAUGAAGAACGUACAGACCCUGCUAUCAAUUGGUCAGCAUGUGAGAAAGGAAUGCAAGAGUGGAUACAAAUUGUUAACCAAAAGAGUAUAAAACAUAUAAACAGUGGAUCCCCUGCCAAAAGAGUAUUAUUUCCUAAGAAUGAGUUGACAUCUGCUAAAUCAGCAUUGAUAAACAAGUCACUUCAGCUAAAAGAUGGCAAGACAGGAAGUAUUAUGAGCACGUACAGCAAUGAUAGUAUGGAGACGUCUGAUCUUUCUUGGGAUCAUAGUGAUCUCCAUGGUCGAAUUGAAGAGCUUGAGAUCACUAAUAAACGUUUACUUGAAGAUAAUGUCAAAUUGAAACAACAUCUUGAUGCAACUGAAGACCAAAAUUCAUCUUUUGUGCAAGAAAAUGAUCAACUGCAAAAGAAGAUAAUAAAAUAUGAGAAAUUGUUGGAUGAUAGUAAGCUAGUUGCUAAGAAUUAUGAAGAAUUAAAGGCUACUGUUAUGGAAUAUCAUGUAUUUAAAAAUGAUUUGGUGGAGAAAACCUGCCAACUUGAAAAAGAGAAUACAUCCUUACAAGCCGCUUUAAAGGAAUAUGAAGAUAAGGUUUCUUUAUUGGAUAGUAAACUGGACUUAUUAAAAGAAGAAAAAGAAAAUUUAACAAGAGAUCUAUCAAUACAAAAGCAAUUACAAACGCAAAUUCAAGAUUUGACCUCAAGUAAGGAACAUAUUGUUGAGGAGUCAGCAAAUAAAUCAGAAUACAUGAGUUCAAUGAUUGCUGACUUGUCACUAGCUAAUGAGGUAUUAAAGGCACAAAAGAACAAUAUUGAAAACGAACUUUCUGAACUGAAACAGGAAGUGUGCAGAAAUGCCAUGUUGAACAGAUUUAGUGGUAUCCAUAGCACUCCUUUACUCUCAAGUACAAAAUGUGACAAGUGGCCACAAUCUUUAGAUCAAGAAUUGAAGGAAGGAUUGGAAAACUCAUUGGAUAACCACAUUCAGCCAAUUCACGAUUUUUCGGAUGGUAGUGACUCAUCUUCACAGGUGAAAAACUCACCAAUUAGAGAUCGAUACACAUCCUUUGCACAGAAAUGUCGUUCAAAGUUUAAAGAAAAGAAAGAGCUUAUAUUUGACAAGAUAGAAGAAAUUGUUAUGAACCCAAAUACAAGUGCUAAUGUGGAAAAUACAUCGCUUAUUUUUGAUGAUCUAAACAAAGACUUCGAAUCAUUCACUGAAAAAAUUUCAGAGCUUGCACAAGAAAAACAAGAAGCAGAGAAAAGAGCCUUGAAGUUAUCGUCUGCACUGAGAAAGCUAAAAGAUGAUAACCAGUUCUUGCAAGACUCAAAGGACAAAGCGUUGUUGAAGUUUGGAAAUUUAUCAAUAUCUUCCAUGGAACUAGAAGAAAAAAAGAGUGAAUUAAUUGAAGAAUUAGCUGAGAAAGAAAACACAGUCAAAGAAUUAAAAACGCAAAUAGAUCAUUUAAAAAAACAGCUUGCUGAGGAAAAAAAGAACACGAAAGAACAGAUAACGUAUUGUACUAAAAGCACACAGACGUUGGAAAACAAACAAACAUCUCAAGGUACACAAACCUCCGACAGUGCACAAGUUUUAAAGAGCGUAUCACCUGCUAGGAGCAUGUCAGAGCAACAACAAAUACAAGAUUUAAAGAGGCUUGUUACAAGUUUAGAAUCGAGAAAUCUAGAAUUUUCAAGGAAAGUGUUUGAUAUGGAAGAUAUGUUGAUGGGAAAAGAUGACGUCAUGGAACAGCUGAAACAAGACCUCUACACCACUCAGAAUGUUCUGUCUACCUUGAAACAGAAGUACGAAUCUGAACUUUCACACAUAUUUCAAAUUAUACCAAAGAAUGUGCCCUCUCAUACCAUGAAGCAGUCGAUCACAUAUCAAGAUAUCACAGACCAACUAUUUUUAUUCAUGAAGCAGUCUGAGUACGAACAUAAAAAGUUGAUGGGUGUACGAGAAUCUCCUGAAGGUGGCCCGCGGUCAUCAGACGCCACGCAGACGGAUAAUUAUUCAACAGAUUUUAAAACCACGCAGAACUUGUAUGAAGAAAGUGUAAGGACGAAGCCACGAAGUGAUUGUAGUGUACAAACUGAACUUGACAUGUUCACCAUGGAUAAAAUAUUAGAAGCGUAUGAAUUAAUACCGACUUCUGUAGAACCUGUCAUACCAGAAAGAUUGCGUCGACAUAAUUCUAUCGAGCUGAAAGGAGAGGACACUAUCGAUGCGAGUGUUGUUAAUCAACACGCUCCAGCACAUUCUCCUGUUAUUGGCAACGAAAUGGAGGGAGUUUGGAAGUAUGGAAAUAACGAAAAUGUAAACUUUCAUCACGCGAAUGCGUUAAAAAAUAUAGAGGAGGAGAGCAGUGUAUUUUCUCAGAAGGAGAACGGUGAAAUAAACAAUAAGGAGGAGAGAAAAUUCUCUUCUGAAACUGUAAUAUCGAGUCGAUCAACACUACCCCCUGUUAUUUUAACACAAGACGAAAAUGAACAGGUUGGCGAGUUACUUACUGUUCAUAAUAGUAAUAAUAAUAAUAAUAAUAUUGAGUUGAAUAAUGAGGAUCAUAAUUCGUUGUUGCCGAAAAAUGUCGUAAAUCUUAAAAUCGCAAACAUUAUCGAGUUUGAUCGAUCAGAUAUUUCAUCUGAUAGCGAACCCGAGGGUUGUUUCAAAAAUCGUAGACGGAAAAGAAUUAGUUUGAGUAAGCGAGGUAAAGUUAGUAAUGAAAGUGAACAAUCUCCAGUAGAAGAAGUUGUGACAGAUGAAAAUAAUAAUACACUGAGACACAAGCAAAGAAGACUGGGCGUGUCAGCAGAACCAGUUCGUGUUUCGUGGAGUAGGUUACGUGAAACCUUUAAGCAACAGCAAAUCGAAAACUUUGAAUAUGAAGAAGACGAAAAGAAAGAAGAAACGUCGGAGCAUGUAGACGAAUGCACUGAUGAAGUAAGGCAAGACGCAGAUCUCAAAGUAGAAGAAGAUACACAACUUCAUUCAUCUGAUAUUUUCGACACUGAGAAUGCUUCCACACCGUCCGUACCAGUAAUCGAAGUCGUCGAAGAUCAGGACGAUAAUCACUCAACAUGUUCUGAAGAUGUUCCAAUUGUAACGACUGAAAACCUGACUGAUCCACUUGCAACAGGGAUGGAAAGCGAUGUACAUAUACAAACUUGUAAAGAAGAGGAUGAAACAAAAGAGGAGAAGGAGAAUGAUAGUAAUGAAGCUAUAAAAAAACUCUCUUCUUGUUCCAUUAAUUCUCUGCAGGUACCAGCUGUGGUUUAUAAGAAAAAGAACAACCUCUCUAAGCAAGAGCGAGUUGUGAUGCCGUCAUCUUAUGUCGAUAUGAAGGAUGAAGAUAUGGAAAAGAAAUUCAACAAUCUUGUCUUAUCCUUCCAAACUGAUCAAUUCACACUUCAGAAAAGAAUGGAUAACCAGGAACGUGCAAGAGAUGUUGCAGAAGCUAGCAUGGAUAAAGAAAUUGCAAAUUUUAGUUCGAAAAUAAAGGAUUUCCGAAGACUCCAAAUUGGAACACAAGAAUUUGAGGAAGCGUAUGUAUUUCUUCAAAGACAAGCUGAAAUACUUCGAAAAGCAGCGAUGAAAAUAUCUGCUCAAUCCGAACAGCAUGGUUGUUAUCAGCAAGAGUUUCGUGCUGUCCCCAACAUGGAGCUGAUGAUUGCAUACACUGAAAUUUUGAAGCUAAACAUGACGAGAAUGGCUGAUGAGUUGAAUGAAUGCAGGAGACGAUUGCAGUUUGGUUCAGAUCGUUCAGAUUUAUCAGAUUUUGAAUGCUCAAAACCAACUGAUGAAGGAGAGUCAAAUGUUGAAAACAACGAUGAAGAAACUCUUGGUGGUGAGAAAAAAUCGUUCGGUAAAACUCGUAAGAAUACUUUAUCUGGAAUAUCUCGAACACUCAUGUUAGCACAAGGCAUGUCGAGUAAAGUUCGCAAGAGGAGAAAAGAAGCUUUAAAUUUGCAACCUUUGAUAACAAAACGUGUUAGCUUUGGUGAAACGAUAGUUACUGAUGAUGUAGAUUCACCAAGAGCGCCUAUCAUUGAAUGCUCAUCCGAUCCAGCCGGAGCAACAUUACAACAAAUAAAAAGCAUCGGUUUCAAACUCCUCUUAUGUUUCUUUGCGUUCAUCUUUUUCUAUUUCUUCCUCUUCACAAUAAACACCCUAGAGAUCGAUACUUUAAAACUGCACGAUAAAUUAUUACAAUAUAUUCCUCACUCGAUUGAAUACCAAACCAACUCAGAAGAAGACAGGUAGCAGUAGCACUAAACUGGAUAUCAUACCAAGUUGGUUCAAUAUUUUGCUAACCUUUAAUAUUUGCAUAUUAACAUAGAGUAAUAUAUUUUUACUACUUAAUUUACACUUUGUGAUUUCAAUUUGGGUCUUCUGAAUUUGCUAUGGUAAGGAGAGACGCAUCUAGCUUAUAUUAUGGUCUUUGAAAAUGUUUUACGAGAUUAUUGAUGCAGCCCAAUAGAAAUACUCUUGUAUUCUUGUUUAUUUUUUUAGAAAAUUAUUUUUUGUUAGUUUUUUGCAGAUCCACGCAUUUGAAGUUGUAUAUAGCGAAAAUUUGUCUCGUUUAUCUUUGCAGUCUUACUUUUUGUCUCGCUUAGUAUUUCGAAUAACUUUCUUUUGGGUUUUUAUAGUGUUUUUAUAUUUGCACUUGUUGUUGAUAGUGGGUUAGUUUUUAGACAGAUCAUUUUUGUGACAUGUAUAUUAUCGUUGUUCCAUAAAACUGUAAGUUUUGAAAUAUUUAAAUUGUAAAUAUGUCAGAAAAAAUAAAUAAAUAAAUUAUUUCCAAGGUAAUAAUUAUUUCUUAU